UCUCCCGGCGGGCAGAUUCGCUUCGCGCGCUUUCUUGCUCCGCUCGUCGCUGUCGACCAGUUCAAGCUAGGGCGGCCGCUUUGCUCCCCCUGGCGCCUCUCCAGCGGUGCUGCAAGCGCCUGAGCUGUCUUUUGUGUGGCGCGGCCCACCCGUGGGGAGUGAACAAUGAACGCGGGACAGGCGCCGCCGUCUAUCUAGUCGUCGGCUUGACUAUGCGAGCGAGCGGAAGCUGGACGCUCCUCCUGGAGGCUCCUGCUGUCCCUCGCGGCACUAUGCGCGGGAGCCCUGAAGGCAGGAGGGGCAUCCGUUGAAAGGCACCGCGUCCCAGACGAGGGGAGCUCUGGGGGGAGCCAUGGGCGGCGCGCGAGCACGGGUGGGUGCCCUCAGUUUGUGCCUCAGCCUCUGCUCGUUGGCGCUGCUCGUCACGGCCAUUUUCACCGACCACUGGUACGAGACUGACCCCCGGCGCCACCGGGAGAGCUGCGGGGACCGCGCCGGCAGUGCCCACUCGCCCGAGCCGCGCCGCCGACUCCUGCCGCUGCCGCAUCUGCCCCUGCGGGACGCCAAGCACCGAUUCCUCCGCGGCGGUACUGCAGCGGCAGGUCUCCCCACCGGGGACCUGCUGCUGCAGCUGGAGAACUGGCGAGCAAUCCUGGGGCUCCGGUGGCUGCAAUCCCGGUGUGGCCGGCCGCUCUUCGCCACUUACGCUGGUCUCUGGAAGAAAUGCUACUUUUGGGGGGUCGACCGAGACCUGGACAGCCUGGUGGACAGAGGUAUUGCUCAGAGAUGUACAGCAAUCAAGUAUCACUUUGCUACACCAAUACGACGCUUAUGGAACAUCCCUAUCAAUUUAACUAAGAUCAUCCAGCAGGAUGAAUGGCACUUGUUACAUCUAAGAAGAAUUACAGCAGGUUUUCUUGGGAUGGCAGCAGCUGUUCUUCUCUGCGGGUGCAUUGUAAUUGCAGUUGGUUUCUUUUGGGAGAAAAGCCUCACACAACAUGUUGCUGGUCUUCUUUUCCUCAUGUCAGGCAUCUUUUGCACUAUUUCUCUCUGUACAUAUGCAUCAAGUAUAUCCUAUGACCUAAACCGCCUUCCCAAAUUCAUCUAUGGUCUGCCUGAUGAUGUUGAACAUGGAUACAGCUGGUCUAUAUUCUGUGCAUGGUGCAGUUUAGGACUUAUUGUUGCAGCAGGAUGCCUUUGUACCACUUAUCCAUUUAUUAGCAGGACAAAGGUUAGCCAUCUAAAAUCUACCAGAGACUCUUCUGUAUGACUAUUUAUAGGGGAAUUUUUUUUGUUUUUUGUUUUUAAGGCAAUAGGAAGAGUAAUCUAGAAGGAGAUAUAUAAGGGAGCUUAAUUCAGAAUCCAAGCACAGAUAAAACCCCAAUCCUUUAAAUACCAAACAUUGUGUCUUACCAGCCAGGAAGCACAAAGGACAUCUAUGCUUCCAUGGUGGCUGAUAUAUCAAGUUCAGACAGCAAAACUGUUGUGGAACUGAUGGUAAUUUAGCACAAUAUAUAUGCAUAUGUCACAAAUGAGAUGGAACUAUUUCUACAUGAACAAGAAAACUGUGUUAAUGUUUUAAUUGCUGUUUGCUGUCCAGAGUCACAAAGUUGAAAUGGGUGGCCAUAUAAAUUGGAAUAAAUUGAAUAAAUAAAAUGGCUCUUUUUUAGAAGUUGGUAUGCAAGGUUAAAAAACAACAACAAAAGCACUACUGCCAUUCUAUCCAGUUAAGAAUAUUUCCUUAUUAGUCUUAAUUAUACUUUAUAUCCUUUUUGUUUUUUGUCUUGUUAGGUGAAACUUAGUCUUCUCUUUUAAUUAUCUUAAGUAGUUAUCAAAAUGGUGGUAUGGGAGAGACUUCAAAGAAUUCCUGUGUUAGAAAUGAAUGAAUCAUUUGUUUUUCAAAGAAAUAGAAACAGGAGCUGGAGUGGAGUGCCUUCCAGAAGGCAGUGGGCCACUUUAGAUAGGAAGAUUCCUGCUUGUAAGGUAUUUCCCUGAAACAUCUUCAUAUUUCAUAUACAACCCAAUGCCAUCUAUAAAAAAGAUAUAAAUGUAUAAAAUGGAUUAUGGCAUUUGCAUUAUUGGCAACAAUGUCUGUUGUACAACUCAGUUUCUUUGUCUAAAAAUAAUUUAAUGGCAUAAUAUCUUCCUCUGUUAAUAAAAUUCUGAACAAGUGACUUGGA